AUGGAGAGCUCACAGUAUUAUCCGUGCCUGGACGACCCCGAAUACAUGCGGCUCUUUGAUCUUGAGAUGACGUACCGCACAUGCUCUCAGGUGCCCGUGUAUUACCUGGACAUCUACCUGCGAGACUUCCUCAGCCCCGACCAAUCGCGCCUGCUGCCCACGCUGCUGCGGGCGCCUGUGCCGUUCGAGGAGAAGCUGGAUGCUGUUGCGUACGUGAACAGCAACUGUGAGACGCUGUCACCACGCGCGGAGAUAAUGCGCGGGCUGAUGCGCCUCGUCAGCAACAGCACGCGCGUCAAGGUGCUGUCUUAUGGAAAGUGCGACAACAACACACCGAUGCCGGGCCCCAAGCAGGAGCUCAUUGCGCGCCACAAGUUUUGUGUUGCGAUGGAGAACAGCAUCACGAAAGAUUACGUCACUGAGAAGCUGUGGGAUGCACUCAUAGCCGGCUGUGUGCCCAUCUACCUUGGCCCGCCCAACGCCCGCGACUUCCUCCCGGACCCCGACGCUGCAAUUGUUUACGGGGCGGGGUCAAACAUCACCACCCCCGAGGCGUUGAUGGCGGAGCUGGAGCGCCUUGCCGGGGAUCGCUCCGCGUACGAACGGAUGAUGGCGUGGAAAAAGAAGACGCGCGCGCUCCACUGCAACGCUGCGUUGGCCCUCUUCGCAUAA